UCUCAGUUUCAAAUCCUUCUAACCAAACACAAGGGAAUAUUAAAAACCUGCCUGCCUCUUUUCACUUGUAUCAAAUUGUAGUCGCGCUUAACUCAAGGCAGGCGCUUCGACAUCCAGGUUCGGAUUUGCCUUUCCCUUCCUUUUGCUCGCGAGAAUGUCAUUUUGCGGCCAGGAUACCCGCCACCGCCGCGAAAGAUCGGUGUCUAUAAGAAACGAGUAUGCCUCAUAGAACUCGACCCAUGACUGCGCUCUUGUUGUUUACAUCGAUAAAUGCUGUUUUGUGUGCAACCAUUACUCCAGUCUAUGAUUUUGUUUGCUUUCUUCCUUACUGGGAAAGAAGGAGGGAAAGGCGUCGUCAGGAACGUGAAACAUCUGACCAUCAAAGGAUCUAGCCUUUUAAUUGUCUUAUUUUCCUCUCAUAAUGUGUUCUCUUGGGAUCUUGCAAUAUGGAAUAUCUAUGAGUAUAAGUCUGAAUUCUUGGACCAACUUGGUACGAUUCAUUAGGCAUUUUAAAGGUAUUCUCAUUCAAACUUUACUCAGGUCAAAACCAAGAUUCUAUUAGAAAAUAUUUGGAUAGACUUCUUUUUAUUUCUUUCCUCAAAAUGAUCAUGUGUGCUUCAUUUGCAAACAAAUUUUCAGUCUCAUGCAUUUUUCAUUAUAUCCAACUAGCUACUGGGACAAAAUAUGUUAGUGUAAAUUAUGGAAACAGGUACACGACACAUGUUUACGACUGCCACAUAUUGGUUAUGGAAAUCUCUAAAGGCGCACAGAAUAAGAGACAAGUAGGAUAUUUGCAUGUCUCAAUCCAGUAUUUGAUGAGACAACAAUAUAUGAUAAUUCAUCAUAAAAUUUAUUUUGUAUCUCUAGUUGAAAUUUUUAUUCUGAAUUUGAGUUGGGUUCGAAACAAUCAGGAUAUGAUCAAAAUAAUUUAUUGAUUUACCCCUAAAAAUGACAUAAUCAUGUUAAUCACGUUAUAAUGACAUGAA